AUGAAUAGGAAUAACGUAUUGGAAAGGCACCUAUUAACAAGAUGCUAUUCGUCUGAAGCUAGAAUCGAAGAAUUAUUGUCCACAAGGUAUUCGAUAACAGGAGAUCAAAGGCCAUCACUCUUGUUAAUGCCUACAGGACAAGAUGUUGAAAAUAAUAAAACAAAGGCCUUAUUGCAUCAAGAAAGGCCCAAGACUUCUGACGAAGCUCAUAAGACUAAGAAAUAUAAUACUCGAAUAGAAUUAAAGAAUUAUAUCAAAAAUACUUUAAAUAAUCAACAAAAGGUGAUUAAAAAGAUUCAAGCAUAUAAUAGAUUAAGCAAGCAAAAUGGUAAGAAGAAACCAUUUCCAAUAUUAAAGCUAUUAGAACAUUACAGCAUCCCAAUGUAUGAAGAAUUUAUACCUAUUAGUAAUUUAUGGCAAGAUUACAUGCAAAAUUUAUUAUUUCCAUCGGCUAAUAACAAACUUCCAAGCUUGAUCUCUAUAUUGCCUAAACUAUCCAGUGCCGAUUAUCAUGGCUGCUUAUUAACCGUACUAAAGUCAACUAACAGACUCCUAGUUGGUGUGAGAGGAAUAGUUGUGUGGGAUACCCAGCAUUCAUUUAUAUUAUGUGUUCCAAGAACGAAAGAUUCCAAAGAAUGGAAUGAAAAUAAAGAAGAUUUUACUCCUUCAGAACAGAUAGGUGGGUUGAAGAUUAUUCCAAAGAAAGGAUGCUUAUUUGGAUUUGACGUUAUUUUACCAAGCAAUGAAGGGGAAGAGGAUGAAGAUGAAUGCAUGGGCUUUACUGUUAUUGGAUCAAGGUUCGAAUUUAGAUCUGUGGAUCGUUCCGGUAAAAAGUUUAAAAACCACAAUGUCGAUGAUAUUUUAUAA